GGCUGUGGUGGUUAAUCCCGCAAAAGUGGGUCCUAUUUCCCUUCUUUUUUUUUUUUGCCGUAUUAUUCUCUCCUUUCUGACCGUUGCGAAGGCGAGCGUUCAAACGCCGAGAGGCAAACGCCAGGAAGCCUCCGGAAUAGCAAGAGAGGAAAACUAGCCGUUAAAAUAUCAGCGCCCCUCCUCUCCUAUUUAUCAUGUCUAUUCCCUCCCUCGAAAGAGGUCGAUUCAAGAAGCGAGAGCAAACCCUACCGAACGGCUCAUCCAAACAUCAGGAAGCGAUCUUGAAAGUAGAGGAUGGGGUCGAGAACAGCCUCCAAGGACAUCAUCACCCUCCGUGGCUCCGCCGCCAUCGUCAGCGAGUUCUUCGGGUAUGCGGCGAACAGCAUACUCUACAAUCGAGGCAUCUACCCGGAAGAGAGCUUCACCAAGGUGAAGAAAUAUGGGCUGCCGAUGCUGCUCACCCAGGACGAGGGCGUCAAAUCGUUCCUCGCCGGCCUGACAUCCCAGUUGACAGAAUGGUUGGAGGCUGGGAAGCUGCAGAGGGUGGUUCUAGUGAUCAUGAGCAAGGCCACCUCAGAGGUCCUGGAGAGAUGGAAUUUCAGCAUAGAGACAGAUGCCGAGGUCGUCGAGAAGGGUGUCAUCAAGGAGAAGAGUGACAAAGAAAUCAUGAGGGAGAUUCAAGCCAUCAUGCGUCAGAUAGCCUCCUCCAUUACUUACCUGCCCUGUCUCGACGAACCCUGCGUGUUUGAUGUGCUGGCCUACACUGAUAAGGAUGUCGCUGUCCCGUUCACUUGGAUUGAAAGUGAUGCAAAGCUGAUCAAGGACCCCCAAAUGGUGAAGUUACAUUCCUUUGAUACCAAGAUACACAAAGUGGACACACUGGUUUCUUACAAGAACGAUGACUGGGAUGAGCAGUAGCAGCUGUAAAUGGCUCUCCUGUGAAUCAUUCAUUCACUCCUAGGAUAGGAGUGUAUGAGCAUUUUGUGCUGAAAUGUGGUGGCAACAUUUCAUGCUUCUUAUGAAGUUGUUGUGUGCUUCGAAUCAAGCUCUCCUGUGAAUCAUUUAUCACUAUCAGUAAUCCAUUCUUCCGACUGUUGCCGGUGGUAGCAUUUGGUACCGAAGCGUGAAGACAACAAACAUUUUCUAUUACAUCUGAAUUCAGCUCGGGACCACCGUGUGACCUAAAUUUUCAGAUGAAUUUUUGUUUACUGCUUGGAUUGUGGCUUACUUUCCAAAAAAAAUAUUUACUGACGGAUAGCCAAAAUCACGUGGAUUUUGACUUCUUACAUUUA